AUGGUGGAGAAACAGAAGUCGCCCAAGCCGCGCAAGUCGUCUCAGAAGAGCCAGGGCCCCAUGGAUGUCCCUUUCCAGCUCCUGGCUCAACACGAUUCGGGGGAUGGCAGGGCCUUAUUCUUAAAAGGAAAGAUUGGCUCCCGGGCAUACACACUGGCUUCACUUUACCCUCCUAAUAAACGACAGGUUCGCUGGCUGCUGAGGAACCUAGAGGAGCUAAAAGCUUUUGCGGAAGGCCCUAUCAUAUUGGGAUCCGACCUCAAUGUGGCACUUAAUCCCAAGUGGGAUACGUCUUCAAGACGCUCUGCCAUCUCUUCAGUGGCCCUUGGCACCCUGAGAAAUAAACUCCAAUCCUGGCGGACGUCUGGCGCUGUCUUCACCCAGGUAAACUACACUAAAUCUGAAAUAUUGAAUAUUACUCUUCCCUCGUCUACAGCCGCUUCUUUACGUGCCUCUUCCCCUUAUUGCUGGCCUCAGACUGGAGUGAAAUAUUUAGGCAGACGGAACCUACUACAAACAUACAUUGUUCUGUCGGUGUUGUAUAUGUUGAGGAUGGUGCCUAUUGCUUUACCGCCACCAAUGGCGGCGAUUGUUCCACACAUUCUUGUGGUCAGAAAAGUGACUAACCCAAUGAUGAAAGCAACAGUGUCGGUUAAACGGACAUAUGAUAGGAGACGCCUUGAAUGUUCCUUGACCCAUAAGCUUUUGUCUCCGGUGAUGCCUGACUCCUUAGUUCCCUUCCUCACUCACCCUCAGGCUACCAUGGUUUACGACAUUUGGCUGCAAUUAGACCAGGUUACCAUCCGGGACCUAUGCCCAGUUCCAACUGACUUCAAUAAGCGAGUCUAUCAAGGUGUCCGAGUGAAGCAUACCGUAAAGGAUCUCCUAGCAGAGAAGAGGUCCAGGCAGACAAAUGGAUCAAGGUUACAUGGCAGUACCAAUGUUUCCCAGACUCCAUUUGUCCAAAUGUCAAGUUCUCCUGUAUUAUCUGGAUAUUAUGGAGUAAGAAGAUCUUUCCUUCCUGAAUCUGACUUUCAUGCUGGGAAGCAAUAUUCGGCUGAUAUUUACUCUUCAUCUUUGGGUUCAAAAUCAAUUGGAUGUGAGCCAGCAUCCAUACAGAGUUACCCACCACUGUUGGAUCCCUAUUUCUCGGAUACUAUAGGUGACUACAGGAGCCCAUCAAUAACAUCUGCAAGUAGCUCACUGUUCAGCACUUCAUCACUGCCUUCUCUUCUACCUCACUUCUCUGGUGACCCAUCACAUUAUUUAUUGAGAGAGUCUUGGGAGCAGACUGUCCCUGACACAAUAAACCAGCUGGAUGGAUUGUGUACAGAUGCUUCACAAACUGUAUCAUCAUCUACAAGUUGCCUGCCCUCUGAAAAUGGAGCUGUGCACUAUCGAAGUUCAAGCAGAGGGUCAUCAACAACACCAGGAACACAGUCUUAUUCACUUCACUCUCUCGAUGAUGUUCAUUACUCCACCAACUUUCCAACUACUUCUUCAUAUACAUUCUCACCCUUUAUGACAGUGCCCAAUGAAGUGACCCCCAAAAUGGCUCAUCAUCUUUCCCCAGAGGACUCCACUGAGACAAAUUCUCUGCAAGACAAUUCUUGGCCAAAGGAUGAUGCCAAUACAGUGUGGGGACCGUAUGAACUUAGAAGGAAUUACUAAAAGCUGUAUUAGUUAUUGCUUUUUUAAUGUUUUCUAACUGGUUUAGUUCUUAUUGGUUA